AAAUACAGCGAGGGAAUGCUGUGUUCGCCACAAACCCGGGCAGAUUACUCCAACAACAACCAGCGAAACAAAUCCAUUGAAGAAAACAGCAACAUGAAGACCAUCACCUGCCUUUCACUCCUGGUCGUUUUGUGCCAGCAGGCCGUCGCCGUCACGGUCACGGAGGGACCAUACAAGUUCUCCCUGGCUUCAGUAAAGGAACUUGGACAGCUGAUGGCCAGAGAAGGUGUGCUGGGGAAAGACAGUCUUCCUCUGGCGGAGGCCAAAGUCCAGGCUGUGUGCGCCGAACCAGAUCUGCCCACCGAGUUCAGACCCCUUUGCCAAAGCAAAGACGCCGGGGUGUCCCUCAACAGGCUAGCAUUUGUGGCCGCCAACUCUGAUGCCUGUGAGCUCUGUGAGUCUGUGGCUUGCACCGGCUGUUGAAGAAACCUACGCCUCUCUGCAUUAUAACACAUAACUUGAUGUGCACAUUUCCCCCAUGUACGCAUUCUUAACAACUGCAUUUGAAGAAAUUAAAGUACACAGCUACAGUUUUAUUCGUCGCCUCGUUUGUGGUUUUUUUUUCUCUCCUGGGGCCUGAACAGUUACAACACAGCAGCAUGUGGGCAAAGUUCAUGAGCGUCUGCUCUGCAGGAAAAACACUGCUGUUAAAUUUGAUUGAAAUCUAUUGUUUCAAUAAAAUGGCAUAAAAAAAUCAA